UCUCCAUCCACCCUUUCCAUUGGAUCUAUCAUACAACAACAGUCUCUGACAGCUCGCCUCGAUCGGAUCACUAGCCUAAGACAACAAUUGUACCACUCUCACACAAUCAGCACAAUGAAGGUCUUCACUCUCGCCUCUAUUCUUGGCCUCGCCGCCAUGGCUCAGGCUCACAUGGAACUCUCAUGGCCCUAUGCCUUCCGCUCCAAGUUCAACCCCAACGUGCCCGAGGCUCUGCGAGACUACAGCAUGACCAACCCGCUGCUCCAGGCCGGCGGCAACUACCCUUGCAAGGGAUACCAGGUCGACUUCAACAGGCCCGAGGGCAAGUCAGUUGUCACCUGGCAAGCCGGAGGCACUUACAACUUGACCCUCUCCGGCUCUGCCACUCACGAGGGAGGCAGCUGCCAAGUCUCCCUGUCCUACGACCAGGGCCGAACCUGGAAGGCCUUCCACUCGUGGAUCGGCCAGUGCCCUCUCAAGCCCACCUGGAGCUUCACCCUGCCCAACGACACGCCUGCUGGAGACGCCAUCUUCUCGUGGACCUGGUUCAACAAGAUUGGAAACCGUGAGAUGUACAUGAACUGCGCCCACGUCACCAUCCAGGGCCGGAGCAAAGCCGCUCGCAGCCCUUCUGAUCCGUUCAACAGCCGUCCUUCUCAGUUUGUUGCCAACGUUAACAACGGCUGUGGUACUCUCGAGGGUAAGGAUGUGCUCUUCCCCAACCCCGGCCCGGAUACCGACUUCAACUCUGCCGGCACUGCUCCUCCCACUGGCUCAUGCAACACUGGCAAGCGCACCGCCCAGCCUUUGAACGUGUAAGUCGGAAAAGAUGUCAGUCUAAAAGGUUGAGAGGAAAUCGAAAGAGUGGGAUUUGGUUAGCAUUGGGAGGCUAGCAGUGAUGGUGAAUCUGAUUCUGUAUAUAUAAUUUUAAGAAGAGGCUUUGUACAUACGGGUGGUCCUUGAACUUCACCAUACUCUCUUCAAAUAGCUAAGGAGAGGUCUGAACUGUCCAUAGUUGGGUAUAAAUACAUUGUACAUUUGACACCA